AUGGAUUACACUAAAUCCAUUCCAAAUGUCCCAGCAAUGCUGUCAAGGAAGAAGUCCAGCACCCUUUUCGUUGCGUGCGGUAUUCUUUUCAUGAUUAUGUUGCCACUUUUGCACAAGUCCUCUCCAAUUUACCAGUCUAAUCUCCCCUCGAAGGGUCCCGGCGCCAACCCAAGACACUAUGGAAAGUUCAAGAAAACCGAAGCAGAAAUUUCUAUAGGACCAAAGGUUAUGGAUGCCGACUACUAUCCCAUGGACCUGGCUUCAUACUUGAGUGAUAUCUCUUACAGCCAAUUUCACCACGAAAACUACACAGAUUUGACAUGCUCUGAUAUUAGACAUCACGGAAUUGUUCAUGUAACAGAGAAGAAAGAACUUCCCUUGAAUAUUGCGUCUAUUCGCGACCAGCUGAUAAAUUCGGGGUUCAACGACGUCGUCACUUCAGGUGACAACACAGGUUUGACUGACGAGGAGAUCGUCAAGAAGAAGUGGUUCAGAUUCGUUGGUGGUUCUGUUUGGUUGAAGGAGCAUAACGUGCACUUGCUUGUAUCGAGAGUCUUCUACUCAAGAGAAGGCUCCAUGAUCAGAGCUGCUGCCAACUUUAUGGCUGUGCAGAUCUAUGACAAGGACUGGAAGGAGCUAAUUGGUCAUCAACUUACUAUCAAGAACUAUGAGACAGGAGAGGAUCAGCCCAUGGUGUUCCCAACAUUCUUUGACUUCCCAUUUUUCUAUUCACUCACUUACCGGUAUUACGGUCCAGAGGAUCCAAGAAUCAUUCUCAGGGAAACCCAUGAUGGCAGAGAGGAGCCAAUCAUCAUCUUCAACAUGUACACACAGGCCUACAACAUCUUUAAGGUUGAAGAUUUCAAGUUGUUCCGUGCCAUUCACAUUCUGUAUCCAUUUGCUAACAACAAGCUAUUGCUGCUGCAAAUCGAAGGUACCGUUCCAGAGGAAAAAGAGAAGAACUGGGUUCCGUUUUUCGACAAAGAUUCCCGCUCCUGCCAGUGGAGUCGUGGUUUCAUCUACUUCAUCUACUCGUUCUCGCCACUCGAAAUUCUAGAGUGUUCGCUAGAUUACGGUAUUUGUCAAAGGUCGUUCACCGGCGACUCCUCGUUUGGAGACACAGGUGAUAUGAGAGGUGGUACCGAUCUUUUGCCAAUUCCAAAGGAGGUUCCACAGCCGGAGGGUACCCAAUCGUGGAUUGGGUUUGCCAGAUCUCACUUGGACGAUUGUGGUUGUGCUGACCGACAGUACAGGCCAAACCUGAUGAUUUUGAGUAAGCAAGGCGAUGAGUUCUACCUGCAACUGAUUUCGGGAUCGCUGGACUUCAACAUUGAUGUACUAUCAUGGGAGGGGCCAGGACACCCAUCAUGCUUUGGUAUCAGAAAUGUUUUGAUUCCAAACUCUUUAAGUUACUGGGAUGUCGUUUCCAGAGAUUCGGAAGGUAAAUACGAGGACUUCCUUGGACUCACGCUGUCGGAGGCUGACCAGAAUGUUAUUAUCGUUCAUAUUCGCGGUCUCUUGAACUAUAUUAUGGAUAUCCAGGUGGCACACAACUUAGCGGAGAUCGUUUCCUACACCCCAUCGGAGAUGCACUACAGAACGUUCAAGAGUGUUAGUUGUGCUGUUGACGAUGCGCUGAAGUACUGCAAGGCCUACGGUGAGACCCACUCCUGA